AUGCGACUUUCACAGACUCCCCCGACACUUCUCUCGCUCCUCCUCGUCGUUCUAUCCCAUGGCCGCGCUGUCGAAGCUGCGCCCUUCGAGUUCCCUAACCUCGGAUUGGGUUUGCUGCAAGAAAGAGGGGGUGGUAAUUGCGGUGCCGACCUUCAAUAUACCUGCACCGAAGGCCAAACUUGUGCCACCACUGUGAACGCAGCUGGUUAUAACAUCGCCUACUGCGCUGCUGGUGCUCCUACUGCCGCAGGCGGUGGUGGAGAAUACAGCUAUGCCGUCUACACAACGACCUGGACGGAAACCGAUCUUCAAACCCGAACCAGUACUUGGACCUCGUCGUGGCAAGCCCCAGCAACAACCGCAGCCCCAGCACCAGCAUCAACAACAGCAAUGUGCAGCCUGGGACAAGAAGCAUGUGGUUCUAUCUGCUGCGCCAGCGACCAGACCUGCGCAGGCGCAGGAUGGUGCACUGCGGCCGCAUCCACCCUCUGGUCAUACACUCCGGCACCCACAGUUACAAGCACCUACUCAGCACCUCUGCGGCCGACAAGUGGAGGAGUCACGACUGAUGUCCCCGAAACAACAACCCAGCCAUUCAUCGCACCUGCCACUGCUAGUGGAAGUUCCCUGCCGCUCACUAUGCAUGAGAAAUCGAAUGGUUUGAGUGGAGGUGCAAUCGCAGGAAUCGUUAUUGGUGUUAUUGCUGGCAUCAUCCUUCUUAUCCUGUUUUGCUUCUGCUGCAUCUUGAAGGCUGGAUUUGAUGGUGUGCUCGCAAUUUUCGGCCUCGGAAAGAGUAGUCGGAGACCGACAGAGAAGGUCGAGGUUAUUGAACGGUAUUCAAGACACGGAAGUGGAACGGCUUCGCGCAGAGACACCCACAACGGAUGGUUUGGAGCCUCAAGACCAAGUCGAGUCACUGAGACAAGAAAGAAGUCUGGUGGCUUUGGGGGAUUAGGUGCUGUUGGUGCUGCUCUCCUAGGUCUUGCGGUCAUUUUGGGAUUGAAGAGGAGACACGACAGAAAGCAGCAACAACAGAGACCACCGCCGUCGGAGAUCAGCAGUUCGUAUUAUUACUACACCGACUCAUACACUGGUACGAGCGAAAGCAGUGAAAGUUCAGACAGAAGAACGAGAAACUCAAGACGGCAUUAG